UAUUAUUUGGACUUAAGAUGUAUAAAUUGCUUGCGUUUUCGGGUCCCUCGUUACUCAACCGCGUGGCCAUGUUCGGAAAGUUGUUGGUUGUCUUUGGUUUGGUUGCGGCGGCGGCUGCCACGUGUCGCCCGGGGGCCUUCGAGUGCGCCCCCCAGUGCAUCCCUCAGCGCUGGGUCUGCGAUGGGCGUGACGACUGCUGGGGCGACGGCAAGGACGAGCUCGACUGCGACACGUGCGCCGAGGGCUACUUCCACUGCGCCGAGAACAAGUGCAUCGCGGAGCAUCAGGUGUGCAACCGAUACGACGACUGUGAGGGCGGCGAGGACGAGAUCAACUGCCCCGUGAACCCCCCGCCAUGUCCCGACGGCAGCUUCCAGUGCCCUGACGGAGGCCCCUGCAUCCUGGAACAGUUCGUGUGCGACGGUCAUAUGGACUGCUAGGGGAAUGAGGAUGAGAUUGGCUGCUCCACGUGCAACGGCGGCUUCCACUGCGACGACGACACCUGUAUCUACGAGAUCUACAUGUGCGACGAGAGGGAGGACUGUCCCAACGGCGAGGAGGAGGCGGCAGAGGAAUGCGAAUGUGGCGAAACGGACUUCAUCUGCGACAACGGCCACUGUCUCCCGGACUACAUGGUGUGUGACGGGACAGCACAUUGUCACGGCGGAGAAGACGAGUCCGGUUGCG